AUGGAACAAUCUUCUGCAAAUGAUAUUGCUGAAGUUGGAUCUACAAGUCAAAUACAAGAUCCGGUUGCACAAGAAAAAUCGGAACCCAUUGCAGAUGAGGUCACUACAACCGUUGACACUUCCCAAUCAUUGUUCCCGGAGAGUCCAGUAUAUGAACCUGAAUAUGAUCUAGUAAACCUUGAAGAAAAUACUGAGAUGGAAAGUAGUACUUUGGAAGAAGCUGACCUUAAAGGUGGCCAACCAUCAUCAGUAGUUAAACGUAAAUUAUCUGAUGAAUUUCCCGACAGCAAAUCAAAAAUACAAAAACUUGAGACCAUAGACAUCAGUGAAGAAAAUACAGUAUCUUCUCAAGCUUUAGAUCAAGAGGUAUCUGAAAUUACUAAUGCAGCAAAACGAAAGAUAGAGGAUGAAAUACCUACCACCUCAAGACUGCGUACUCCAGUGCGAUCUAGUCCAAGAAAAAUAACUAAACGUAGUAAUAGUGUUGAAAUUAGCACAACUAAGACACCAAAGACUCCUAAAAGACCAGCUAGUGUAGAUAUAACUAAAUCAGGUAAAACGCCGCGUAAGGUAGAAAUCAAUUUCAAAGAAUUGAAAACUUCAGAUACAGUACAAACACUUAGUUCAGAUAUCUCUAACUCCAGAGCGAGUGUAGAAUUUGUUGCUGAAAUACCACCUGUUAAAAUACCAGACACUAUUGUCGAGGAGGUUUCUGAUUUAAAUGACUCUCAAGACUUCCAUUUAGCUCUAUCGCCUACUUCUGAUGGAGAGGGGACAACUGAAGAGAAACCCAAACAUUACAAUAGCGAUCCAGUUAUUGCUAAAGAUAGGGAUGAGAUAUUAGAUGCGGGGAAGAUACAGCAAACUAGAAGUGAAGGUUACAAUUAUUCCGAUUUGAGUAGCAAUCUAUCACAACUUCUGCCAAAGGAUUAUAAUAAAGGAAAAACCACUGAUCAAGAAAGCACUGAUAGUGCUUGUUCUGUAGUUCUAGAUAGCCCCGAUCAUGUACCCACUGUAGCAUCUAAAUUGAUCUCUAAACUAUCUAAUGGGAAUUCUUCGACACCGACUGAAAUAGCAGCAGAUGUGAAACAUAACACGGAGGAUAGUGAUGGUACCCCAGAUUUAGUUAAAUUGAAUAGUAGGAAUGAAAAGAGGGGCAAAAAUGAGUCCUUCAGAGUUAGUAACACAACUACACCAUCGACAAUUUCGCCUUUACAAAAUGGACACUCUUUGCCUGUAAAUACGCCACACAUACCUGUCUUUGAUAUUCAUGUGGGUCAUAAUGAAGAUUGUGAAUUCCUAUCUUUAUACGUCGUUAGGACGGAUAAUGAUUUGGGAAUGGACAUGUGCAGAGAAUACCAAAAAAUUUCUAAGAGAUUCACUAUUGACCCUUAUUUGGCCGACGUUUCCAUUAGCAAUUCACCAUCUAGUGUUACCAGUGUGGGAAUGAUUAAUCUGCCAAAUAGAAUCUCUUUCGCAUCUGCAGUCAGUUCUACAUCUUCUACUUCUAGUAACCGAACGAGUGACGGCGCAUUUGUUGUACCACAACCACCACGAAAAUCUGUAUCAAAUCCAACUACCUCGGUCAAAGGAUAUGAUGCUUUAAUGAAAAAGCUCCAAGAAAUAUUUUCGCAUAUCCGAGACGCGUCGAUUUACGAAGGGAAUCGUUCACUUGGCGAAGAUAAAGUAUCUAUUGGAGUACAGACAUUUUCUAAUUCAACACAGGUUAGCAACGGUAAUGCUAGUCCAGAAGAAGUUAGUAAAUGCGAUAAAGCGACACCGAAGAGCUCGCUGAAAAAAACUCGUGUCAGAGGCCGGAGACACAUGGCGGGUAAAACUAAACGUGCCCUUCUUCCUACGCAGACAGAGGAACCAGAAUACAUGCAUGGUAUGAAUUCUCCCGAAAUGGUGCCAACAAAUGGGGACAGCGGCAAGAUGUCCCCAGUCAAAUCUCCCAAAGACGAUAAACCUCUUUCGUCGAUAGUUGGAACUCCUAAAUCCAUUAGCAAAUUAAAACAGAAACGUCGACCCACCUCCCCGAGACCAGCUACACCUGUAGAAAAGGCUGUAGUCAAACCGGAAUAUCCAGGCUUCGCUCCCGAUACAGUGGUACUAGCGAAAUGGGUGGAUAAACGUUACUACUCGGGAAAAAUUCUAGAGAUUACAGACCUAAACAAAUAUUUGAUCAAAUUUGAUGACGGACAAAGUAAAGUGCUUUUAGAUGAUUUUAUAAUAUUCGGUGAUAUGAAGAAGCUACCACUUCAAGGCCAAUCAGUAUACGCUUUAGUAGAUGAAGAACAGAAUUACGAGCCUGGAUUGGUUCUAAGUGUCGAGGAAAAUGACAAUGGCACUGUUACUUAUAGAUGUACAACAGAUGGUGAUACAAUAGUUAUGGUAACUGCCAGUGAACUGUAUCUAACUGAAGACCAGGCUCGAUCGCUAAAGGAGUCCUCGCGGCCUCGAUCACCAGCCGCUCCAGCAACUCCAAGGAGACGCCAUAACAGGGAAUUGGAUUUAGACAACAUUAUACAGGGUCCUCGCAGUGCUCGAUGUCGGGACAAGGGCAACUCCAGUACAAGAAAACGGGUCACCUCCCCUAAAAGCCCUAAAGCCUCUACAUCUGGUGUGAAAACAAAAAGCACUCCAGUGGGUGGACGGAAACGCCUAGCAAGCGAGAGUAGCGAAAUAAGUGAGAGUAGCAACUCUGCUCCACCGACUCGAUUGGAGGAAGUAGCUGGCGUCGAACCUGAGGUUCAGAAGACUCCGAGGAAGAUUGAUGGGGUUAAAGCCGGUCCGCUGCAACUGAAGGGUGCGGCAAAGCAAAAUAUCGGCAAGAAAAACUCGAAGCUCACGAAAUUCGAAAACGAUGUGGACACCGUGACCACCUUAGGCCCGAUCCCGAGCGGGAGCAAGUUGUUCGAGGGUCAGCACUUCUUGCUCACCUGCACUGAGCCACCUCGACGGCAACGGAUGCAGAAGUUCAAAGAGAGUCGACAUUAUUCUUCCGAGGAAGACAGCGAAGCAACAUCCGCCUAUGUUGGUACUGAUACUGAGGAUCUGGUCUUCUGUGAUAGACCAUUCAAUAAAGAGCGCCUUAAAGAGCAGUUGGAAGCAGGAGGUGGGAUUGUACACAGCCACUUCGAUGAUGUGCCAAAGAACAAAUAUUCAGUAUGUAAAUUAAUAGCACCGAGGCCAUGUUUGACUGCAAAAUACAUACAGUGUUUAGCAGCAGACAUCCGAGCACUGUCCCACGGCUGGGUCAUCAUGAGCUGUAUCAGAAACUCACCCCAAGACAUGGAUGCCUUUGCUCUACCAGCCGGCUGGUCCAUACUACAAGAGAAGUUUAUGAAUUGGAAUUCACCGUCAGGUAGACGCAAUGCUGCAUUCUUCAAGGAUAAGGUAAUACUCCUUUGCGCCGAUCAGGACUUCGUUAAAUUUUGGGAACGUGUAUGCACAUUAGCUGGGGCAACCACACGAAUAGUAAAUGAAGAGGACAUAAACACGUCCGGAGCUUUAGUCCUUGUCACCGAUUGGGAAUGUCCGCACGAAGUGCAGAACAAGGCCAGUGAAGAUAAUAUACCGCUUGUGUCAACAACGUGGGUUGUCCAAUGCCUUAUCGAAGCUAAGGCCCUGAACCCCACCAGCCACGUUAAGUUCUCAUUUAUGUAUACGGAGCCAGAAUGA